AUGAGCGACUCGGCGAAUAAAGGCCAGCCUGUCCCCGUGCCUGUGCCAGACUCUGCCCGCUCGAUUUCCCAGGGGACCCUUACCAUGGAUACUGUCAUGGAAGCGCCGAUAGAUGGCCAUUCGGAAUGUGGCAGCAUGCGUAUCAGCGAGUCUGAGCUACGGUAUGUAGGCGGUGAUCACUGGGCUGCGAUUCUCGAUGGAAUCGCGGAUUGA